AUGACCAUCACACAAAGUGUUAAUUCUUUAAGAUCCUUACGCCGUCGCCGUGGGAUAGAACUACAAUCUAAAAAUAAUAACAAUAGUAAAAAUAUAGAUGAAUACAAUCAAAGCGUUUACAAAAAUUUUCUAUCUAAAAAGCUAUCUUUAUACGAUGUAAGGGUUACUAUAAAUCAUUGGCAAUUGCGUGAUCUAGUAAAAGGCUACAAAGACGAUCAAAUAUUGUAUUGCUUUGAAAAUUCUAUCAGGGCUUUAAAUACUGCUGCUUCAUAUGAUACUCAAGAUACUGCUUCUUCCAAUUCGUCUUUUUAUGAAGAUAAAGUCAUCUUACCCUUUAAACCAAAAUGUUUUAGGGAAAACAGCAAUAUUUUGGUUUGUGGUGGAGUUUAUUCAUUAGAAGAUGAAUCCCUAUUAGAAAGAAUAAGGAGAAGGAGAAAUCAAAAUUUGUCCAAUUUACUAGAUUCAUUUGAAAGUGUUGUACCAAAUAAUACCAUCAACGACAACACUACAAAUGGCAAUAAUUGGAAGGGGUUGAUUUCUAUCACACCGGAUAUAUCUAGUACUGAGAGUAUCAAGACUUCCACCUAUAAGAUUGGUCAAUAUAUUAAUAACGAUAUAGAAAUUAGCUCAGAUGGCUGCAGCGGAAAAUAUGAAAUUUUCAGUUGUAAUAAUGACUCACACUUGUACCAUUGUGAUGUGAGCAACAGUAGGGUAACAUUACUAAAUACUUAUUCAGAUUUGAAAUUCCCCUUGAAUAGUUGUAAAUUAAGUCAUGAUGGGAAAAUGAUGGCUGUUAGUGGGGAUUCCAAUAAAUUUGCUUUGUACCAUAGAUCCAGUGCUCUAUGCGGUGAGUUUUUUUCGGUAUAUUCACCCUCCUCUGCGAUAAACACUAGUUCGAGUAACACCAACAGUAACCAGUUUAAUAGAGUUCCAAGAUAUGCUAUAAACGAUAAUUCAUAUUCAGAUAAAAUUGACAUUUUUGAGUCCAUAAAGGGAGACCACGGAUUUUCUACAAGCUUUAGUCAGACAGAUUAUCAGUUUUCCACAAUUUUCCAAAAUGGUGUUUGUUUGAUCUAUGAUACAAGGAAAAUGAACAGACCAAUACAUAUAAUAUCAACUUCAAGACCUAAAAACCAAGCGGGCUCAUUUAGAUGCUGUAAAUAUAGUGGUGGAUUAGACGAUUUGUUAUUCAUAUCUGAACAUGCAAGUCGGGUGCAUGUUAUUGACACAAGAAAUUUUAAUAAUCAUCUGGUCAUCAAAUUUGCGGAUAAAGUUAAAUUUCCCGAAAUGAAUCCGUUGGAAGUACCUAAUUAUUCAAACACAGGCUCAAUAGCAGUAAAUGAAAGCAUCCGUGGUGAAGCCAACGUAACUUAUGGCCAUGCUAGAAAUAGCAUCCUUGAAAAUGCUGGACUGGAGGAUAAUAACUAUAAUAUUUUAAAACCAAGGGUAAUAACUUUUCACAACAAAGAUAAAUUGCACUAUUUGCAUCGUACAUUUGGAUACUAUAACACCGGGCCUGAUUUUUUAAAUCCAUUAGAGAGGAAUUAUAACGAUGACAACAGUGCCGCUAGGGAGAACAACAGUGGUGGUUAUGAAAAUUCUAACGAGAAAGAUGAAUAUACCAUUAUUGAACCAGAACAGUUGGAUCUAAAUGUGGUUGCCACUAGCCAGCUGAAAUCUAGUGGCCCAUGCAACAUUAUGAGUGAACCGAAAAAGAAAAGAAAAGUAAAUGUUGUUGAGGGGCACCAAAUUCGAGAACAUGAUAAUAAUAAUAUUGGUGACGAUCAUAUUACUGCACCAGUUGACAACUCCCACAAUGAAACUUCAACUAUUGACAACGCAAUACUUUCAUCAUCUACAUCUUCAUCAUCUAAUUCCUCAUCUUCGUCCUUUUUGUCCGACCCCCUUUCAUAUGGAUCAAAUUCUUUACAGGCUGGAUUUUAUUCAAGGGGUAACAUUAUUAUUAGUGAAGAUAAUGAUAUAAGUGGUAUUGAUUGGGUUCAAAAUGGGAAUGGAAGUUCCCUACUUAUUGGCACAAGCUUUGGUAUUUAUAAAUGGAAUGUAGAUUCUUGGUCCAGAAGAUCUUUCAAUACCUAUGACUUUUGUUAG